UUGGCUAGGUUAUGUUUACUUUUUAAGUUCAUUGUGGUUUAUUCUGUUUUGGAAAAUGCAUUCAAUCGAUGAAAUUAAAUGAAUCUAAUUAAAAUCAAUAAGAAGUAUAAUUAGAGUCGAUUAUAAGAUUAGAGCGUGCCGGUGGCUUGAGUGGUCGAAUGAAUACAGUUAUGUUCUAACAAUUUUUCUAUCAAGUUUUGUGCGAUUCAGACCCUCUGCCUAGAGUUCUUCUUCUGCUCAGAACUCUUUCUCACGGCCGAGCCAUAUCAUCUUAGCAGCCUAUCAAGAAUUCCUGAAACCUCAAGAAAGAUGAAUUUAGAGCGCAUACCGAAUCAGACAGGUUAUUUGGUUCUCACAAAUGACGGGGCAGUUAUUGCUUCGGGAGGUGACCUUGAAAAUGCAGAACACACUGCUAACAUCAUCAGUGAACUGGUUUCUCUUGCUGAUAAAGUACCACCUCAUAAAGAAGGAUAUAAAAAACUGACAGUGACUUACUCAGAUCAUUGCUACAUAAUUCUCCUGUCAAAUAAGAAGCUGUAUGUUGUGAAGAAAAAAUUGCAACCAGUUUCUACCAGUAGUCGAGCAGAAGCUGAUCAAUGAUUUCAAGCUGAAAUCCAGCAUCUAAAAGAACUGCUGUCAUUUUGGUGAUGGAGUUGCCUAGAGUUAUUCAAAGGAGGCUGAAAAAUUUUCAGUAUUCGGUCAAGAAGUGGCCAUUUGGGGAUCACAAAAUUUUAAUUUCAAGAAAUGGUUGGCUGUAAUUUUUGGAAUCCUGUUACUUGCACUGUUGAUCAUACAAGUUAAAAAACACCGAGGUACAUGAGAAUUGUUUAUUUUUUGUUGAAUGAAUGCAAGUAUGAACAUGAGGCCUAUGCAAGUUGUAUAUGUCUCUAGUAUUAUUAUUAAUUGUUUUUGUUGUAAGAGGGCAAGUGUAUACAUGAGUCGCUCUUCUGAUUGCAUUGCCUCUUGCAGCAAUCAAACUAAUCCCCCUUGACCUUGAACAUGUGUGAAUACUUUUUUACUUUUUCUAUGUAGUUCAAGUUCUUCCUCUCAUAAUCAAAAAUACAAUACAUUUUAAAUGGCUUAUCUUAGCAAUGAACAAUGGAAUUUGCAUGAAUUAUUAUUUGAGCCCCUGGAAAAAAUAUAGGAGAUGGUGGCUAGCAAUUACACUGCUAAUGGGAGUCUUCAUAAAGUUAGGUCAUUCAAAGUGUGUACAUAGCAGUAUCAUGCCUCUCUGUAGUAUCCAUCUCGAAAUGACGGCCUUGCUACCCUCUUCCAUAAUUUCUCUUUAGUUCAAGAUCAAACCAAAAAAUUUCAUCUUUUUUUAGAGUGUGUCAAAUCUGCUCUCAUAAUUCCUGAAUUUACAGUCAAUGUUUGAUUGAGGACGGCAUAUUCAUUGUUAAAAACUAGAAGUAGAUGAACUUACUCGGUGUAAUAGGAAUUGAACAAGAAAUUUAAUUUCCUGAAAUAUUAGACAUCAGGAAUUCAUCGGGAAGUCAAUCGAUAAGCAAAUUGAUGUUUGUAUUUCAUGAUAUUGUAAUUAUCGUCGUUAUUUUAACUCUGUUGUUACUUUCAUUUUCUGUGCUGAUCGAAGCAUAUUAUUGUCAUACCUGUUAGUGAAUAAAUUUAUUUUCUCAACAAA